AUGCAAAUGUUCCGCUCCAUCGCGCAAUCGGUUUUUGGCUCCCCGACGGACCGAAAAAACUUUCCGGUGCUCCUCAUGCGCACCAGCAGCGGCUGCGGCAAAACCGCCUUUGCCAAACACGCAAUCUCUCAGGUCGCGAACCUCAUGCGUGCGCAAUGCAACCUUACCUUUGGGCCUGCUGAUACUCCCCUGACGUCGAAUCAGAGUUUCGAGCUUACUAGACUCCUUGAACGCUCCUUGCAAAUUUUCAUCGACUUCAAUGGUGGUGAUUGCUUGUACGAAGCUCCCGCUUCCUGUCAGAAGUCCCUUCUUGCUGCUCGUCUGGCCGCUCAUGGGUUGUGCCACACCAACUUAACCAAUGCGAGCUGCACUUCAGUUUUCAGCGCAUGCAGGUCUGGUCUUCGCACACCACAGGUUCUCGACGCGGUUGUGGCACGCCAUCGCCAGCAACACCCGCACCUCGCACGAGUUUUGAUCUUUGUUCACAUUGACGAGGAUCGCCGGAUCGCGCAAGACAUGUCCAGGAGUGCGGGGACCCUGCAGGAAGCAACUGAUUUGCUUCAGCGUGCGUAUCAAGAAAUCGUUGCGUACAAUGUCAACCAGAAGGAACAACAGGCCGUUGUGGUGUUACUUUUAACCGGCACUGCUCUAAGUGGCCUGAAGUUCGACACGACGCAGCACGAAUUCCAUCCAAUCAACCUUCUUCCCUUUGACCUGCGCACUUCCAUGCUGGUUCUUCGAGAGCUUGGGCUUCACGAAUCAUGGUGCUCGGAUUUGAAAUUUCGCCGGUUGGUUCGGGACCUUGGAGGUAUUCCUUCACUAUUAGGAGCAACACUAACGUACCGCUACCCUGCGUUACGGCAAGAACUCGUCCCCUCGGUCCCAUGCAAUCUGCAGAGAACACCGACCUUGCCAUCAACCCUUCCCAAUGCCCCAUGA